AUGCCAGAGUGGACGCACCUCAUCCGCUUCGUCGCCGCGGACGACGGCAAGACGUACUUUGGCCCGCUGGCGGAGGACAGGAUCUUCGUCGGCCAGCUGGUCGACACGGCGCCGGACGCGCUGCGGCGCCUCGGGCCCGGCGCGCAGGCGUACGUGGUGACGGGCGACCCGCUCGGCGCGCACACGCUCACGCGCGACACGAAGACGGUCGGGGCGAUCCUGGCGCCGCUCGCCCGCGCGCAGGUGCCGCUCAUCAAGUGCGUCGGGCUGAACUACGCGAAACACGCGGCGGAGGGCAAGUUCGCGGUCUCGGACUGGCCGACGAUGUUCAUCAAGCCGCGCACGUCGCUCGCGGGGCCCGCGGACAUCCCCAUCCCGAAAUGCGUGCAGGACAAGACGCUCGACUUUGAGGCGGAAUUAUGCUUCGUAAUCGCGAAGGACUGCCGCGACGUCCCGCUGGGCGCGCCGGACUGGGAGCAGUACGUCGCGGGGUACACGAUCGGGAACGACCUCAGCUGGCGCCGCGCGCAGCUCGACCCGAAGCUCAGCGGCUCGCAGAUAUGCAUGGGCAAGGGCCCGGACAACUUCGCGCCCAUCGGGCCUGUGCUCGUUUCUGCAAAGGCGAUCGACGCGUCGGACCUCGCGAUCUCGCUCCGCGUGAACGGGAAGACGAUGCAGGACUCGCGGACGUCGGAUUUGAUCCACAAGAUCCCGGAUAUUAUCUCGCGUUUCAGCCAGGGCACGACGCUCGAGAGGGGGACGGUCAUCAUGACUGGUACUCCCGAAGGUGUGGGCUGCCUGCGCAACCCACCGGUGUACCUCGACCAUGGAGACAAGGUCGAGAUCGAGAUUGAGGGCCUCGGGAUUCUGAGGCACGGGAUUCACUACGAGUGAUCAUGAUCAGAUUCCCUAUGCGGAGUCGCGGAAUAAGCUGGCAAACCCUGGUCGCAUUGUGGAAUUGGAUGGAAGUUAUCAAUCAUGUAUAUCUAUCUCUUGAGAAGUGGUUGAGUAGUCAUAUAUAUGGCCGACUUGAAAGAUAUAUCAUCAUGGUGG